GUCAUUCAAUUUAUUAAGACAUUUUUAUUAUUGUUUCGUCUGUUUAUUUUUUGGUACCGUCUCAAUGGAAGACGUGGGGCCCUGAUCAUGCAAAACCAACAGGGGGGAAUCAGUUCUUUCUUCUCCACGUCUUUGCGGCGUUCUGGCUCCACCGACUCCCUCCCUCACCUGGUAAAACUGGCAGGCUCUGGACAUUUUGCAUGCUGAAGAAAAUCACUGUUUUGCCUCCAGCAAGGAACAUAACUGUUGCAACACUGACUCCUCCUCUACUGAAGAAAGAGUGAACAAGUGCACUGAGUUGAGCUUCUUCUCACAGAGCCAAAGGGCUGGGGACGUGGAGCCGAGACACCCAUCUGGGCUGGGCUUUCCACCUCCUUUGCUUUCUGUCUUACUCGCUCCUCUUCCCUCCUUCUGGAUUUUACCGGCUGUUCAUGAAACAUCUUUACGCACAAUGGACCUCCUCGUCCUUUUGCAGGAAGUGCUCACGGGCUGAUAUGGCAGACUUUGCUUCCCGGCAAAACUAAAGAACUCUUCUACUCAUGGAGGCGAACACUAGGAUGCUUUCCACACGAACCCUAAAGAGUGUAGAGCAGAUGAGGUGGUGGUAGCAGGUUUACCUAAGGUACCACUUGGCGAACCAAGGCCUCAAGAGUAAAUCCCAGAGCGCUAACUAAGUGAAUCUCUGAUAACUUUCCUGUAGAAAGAGAAGGAAGCCAACAUGAAGGAAAAUGUGGCAUCCACAGUUGUUUUCAUUUUGCUGCUUUUUCUCAACAUCAAUCUUCUGAAUGCUUCUGGCUUUUUUCUAGGACAGUCACCUCCUGGAAAACCUGAGAUCAUUAAAUGUCGUUCUCCGGAAAAGGAAACAUUCACCUGCUGGUGGAAGCCCGGGGCCGAUGGAGGACUUCCUACCAGUUACACGCUGACUUACCACAAGGAAGGAGAGACACUCACCCAUGAAUGUCCAGACUACAAAACCGGUGGCCCUAACUCCUGUUACUUUAACAAGAAGCACACCUCCAUAUGGACAAUAUACAUCAUCACGAUAAACGCCACGAACCAGAUGGGAAGCUGUUCCUCGGAUCCACGUUACGUGGACGUGACAUAUAUAGUUGAACCAGACCCUCCUGUGAAUCUGACUUUGGAAUUAAAACAGCCAGAAGACAAAAAACCCUAUCUGUGGAUGAGAUGGUUUCCACCCACCCUGGUUGAUGUAAGAUCCGGUUGGCUCACACUCCAGUAUGAAAUUCGAUUAAAACCUGAGAAAUCAGCUGAGUGGGAGAUUCAUUUUGCUGGGCAGCAGACUCAGUUUAAGAUUCUCAGCUUAUAUCCAGGACAGAAAUACCUUGUCCAAGUUCGCUGUAAGCCAGAUCAUGGAUUCUGGAGUGAGUGGAGCCCAGAGAGCUCCAUCCAGAUACCUAAUGAUUUCACCAUGAAAGAUAGCACCGUGUGGAUCUUUGUGGCCGUUCUUUCUGCUGUCUUCUGUCUGAUUAUGGUCUGGGCAGUGGCUUUGAAGGGCUAUAGCAUGGUAUCCUGCAUCCUUCCCCCAGUUCCUGGUCCAAAAAUAAAAGGAUUUGAUACUCAUCUGCUGGAGAAAGGCAAGUCUGAAGAACUACUGAGUGCCCUGGGGUGCCAAGAAUUCCCUCCCACUUCUGACUGUGAGGACUUGCUGGUGGAGUUCUUAGAAGUAGAUGACAGUGAGGACCAGCAGCUGAUGCCAGCCCAUUCAAAAGAACACCCGGGUCAGGGUAUGAAGCCCACCCACCUGGAUCCUGACAGUGACUCUGGCCGGGGCAGCUGCGACAGCCCUUCCCUUUUGUCGGAAAAGUGUGAGGAACCCCGGGCAAAUCCCUCCACAUUCCAGACCCCUGAGGGCAUUGAGAAGCCAGAGAAUCCCCCAAAAAAUGUCACCCAUACCUGGGACCCCCAGAGCACAAGCUUGGAAGGCAAAAUCCCCUAUUUCCACAUCGACGGAUCCAAAUCUUCAACAUGGCCUUUGCCACAGCCCCCCAACCAGCACAAUUUCAGAUCUUCUUACCACAACAUUGCUGACAUAUGUCAGCUGGCCACUGGUGCAGCAGGUGCAUCAGCCACUUUGUUGGACAAAACAGACAAACAUGCUUUCAAAUCCUCAAAAACCAUUGAGACUGGAGCGGAGGGAAAGGCAGCCGAGCAGAGAGAGGUGGAAAGCUUUCCUUCCAAGACUGACCAAGACACAGCAUGGCUGCCGCCCCAGGAGAAAACUCCGUUUCUCUCUGUUAAAGCCUUGGAUUACGUGGAGAUUCACAAAGUCAACAAAGAUGGAGCACUGUCACUGCUCCUGAAACAGAAAGAGAACAGCGACCAGACAGAGAAGCCCAGCAUUCCUGAAACCAGUAAGGAGUACGCUAAGGUGUCCCAGGUGACGGAUAACAACAUCCUGGUGUUAACGCAGGAUCCGCGAGCUCCAAACCUGGCUUUGUUCGAAGAACAAGCCAAGGAGGCUCCACCAUCCCUUCCACAGAAUCAAGCUCAGAAAGACCUCGCCUCCUUCACAGCACCACCAGGCAACUGCAGACUCCAGCUGGGCGGGUUGGAUUACUUGGAUCCCGCAGGUUUUAUGCACUCCUUUCAGUGACAGCUUGAUUAAGAAAAGGAUUGGUUAAAAUGUGAUUUUUCUUCAGGUAACACUACAGAGUACAUGAAAGGCAAUCUGCUAGAGAAUGCGCAAGAAGCUGGUUAGAAUGACACUACUAAAACUCACAAUUCGCUCCUUUUCAUGCUCCAUUUUCAACCAGUUGCCUCUUUCUCCAACAGCUGAUUCCAGAACAAAUCAUUUUGUUUCCUCACUGUGAUUUGUAGAUUUAGUCCUUGCUAUUAGUUAUAAAAUGGUGUAUUCAAUGAAAUAAAAGCACAUUGCCUAGUAUUCUUGAGGGACAGUGCCAAUAGGUAUAUCCUCUGGAAAAGGCUUUCAUGGUUUGGUACGCAACAGAAGGAAAUGAAAUAGUCAAAAUUGUUUACCACAGGAAGAUGAUAGAUAUGAGAAAAAUAUCAUGGAAACCUCUUUUGAAAACCAAUUUCUUAAGCUUUGUACUCCUCUUCAUUUUAUUAGAAUGAACCAAUAACAACACAGUUAAAGAAAGAAUACAUUCUAGAACACCCAACAAAUUGUUUACAUCAGUUCUUAAUACCUUAGUGAUGCAUUGCUGACAUGCAAAUGACAAUGAUGCCUCCAAUUUUUUCUGAAAAUAGUUUGAACUUGUUAAACACGGAUUUUCUCCCCUAAAUUGUAUUUCAUUCUAAAGAAUCUUGAGAAUAUAGUUUCGGAAAGUAAAAUUUUCUUACGUGAGAGGCAAAUAAGAUUCAUGUGGUAAAUCCUUCUAAAAUGCUUUUCUGAUUUAUUUCAACAUGAUAGAUAAUUUAUUAUACACCCUAGUCUUCUCUUAGUGGAAAAGAAAUCCCAAAAGACUAACUUUAAUUUAAAAGAUAAUCACAGCAGGAUGCUAAUGGAAUACUGCCUUACUGUACAUACAAAUUCCACUUUACUAUAAACCCAUAAGUUUAACAAUGUAUUUUUGAAGACUAUUUUUCUAUCACUUAGGUAAAAUAAAAGACUAUUUUCUAUCUUCCCAGUACAGCUGUUUAUGUAUUCAGCGGGUCCCCGGGAUUUUAUGCUGUGAGGUUAUAAUGAAUAUUUACAGUAAAUAGUAGUAUAUGCAGUCCCUGUUUGUGGAGUAAAAUGCCAUACCAACCCAAAGCCCAUGGGGGAAUAGGAAGCGGAUGACACUAUUCAAUUUCUAACACAGUGUAGUAUAGUUUAUCUGAUUCUUUUUAUCUCCAGGUUGCUUUAAGCAACAACCACCAACCUAGAGUUUUAGGGCUCUCCACAGAUCAGAAAUUUCUUCUCCUAUGAGCUUUGGGCUACUCUGGGGCUUCUGCUCUUCUCUGGGUGAAUCUUCAUAAAGCAACGAUGAAAACAGAGAGUGACAACACCUAACAUGCUGUUUCAGAGACAGAGUUUUUGUUUUGUCUUGUUUUUCUGAGCAAUCUUGAGCAGCAAAGAAAUUUUAAGCAAAGCCAGAAAUUAGUUUCUGUCUGGAGUAGAUCCAUUGGCAAAAUCUUGGCAGAAGCAGAGACAGCACUCAUGUCAGAAGUGUCCAAAUAAAAGUUCUAAGAAACCAGAUGUCUGUGGAGUGUUGGGAACCGCUACAAAGGCCAGGGUAUGAGAGCAAGAUUCUCCAAGUUGGUUGCAAAGGUAGGCUCCUGAGCACACGCAAAAACCUGGAUCUACAUUUUAAAGAAAGCAUCCGUGACUCAUUGAACUGCCUCCCUCUGUUUUUGAUUUUGCCUAAUGCCGAAUCCGUUCUCUACGUCCAUUCCCAUGGAGAACUUGAGCUCAUCUCUGUGAGUUAACUAUUCCACCCCAACAAACCAACAUUGAUAGAAACUGGACUCAGAGGUGGCCUGAUGUUUGAAAGUGAACACUUUCAGAAUUCCAAAAGUAACUGAUCUGAGGCUCUGUUCUCCCAAUAUAUAAACAUCUUAGGAAGGAGGGGAACAUUUGGGAAAGUUGUCCAAAUUCAUUCAAUUCCCUAGAUCCUUGGUACCAAAAUAUGGUCUGAGGACAAUCUACAUCAGCAUCACCUGGGCACUGCUGGGAAAUGCAGUCUCGACCCCCUUGCCCCGGACCCAAAGAAUCAGAACCCACAUUUCACUGAAAUCCUCAGAUGACUCAUGUACACACUGAAGUUUGAGAAGCACUGCCCUAGAUAACCAUUUCCACUAAAGGUUAUUUUAGUGCAUGAAAACAAUCCUCUCUUGGAAAGUACAGGUCAAGUCUGUUUGACUUCACUAAACAGCCCUGUUUGUAAGGAGAAGGCAUAAUUUUUAGAAAAUCUAUUAGUGGUUUAAGAUUCACGUAAUGGUAGAGAAUGACCUGCAAACAGACACACAACUUUCAAGAGGGCCAGGGAAUAUAUUCCACUCUAAGAGGCAGUGACGAAAACCUCUGUUCAAAGCUCAUACAGAGUAAACCUUUCCCCAAAUACUCUAUUCUUCUCCAAGAUGUAUAUCAAUCACUCUGAUAGUUUGCAAACCUAUAAAAUCUGCUUUUGAGAUAUAAUUAAGCAUAUAUAAAAAACGUUUUGGCUAAAGACUUAGUUUGAACUAAAUCCCUAAAAAUCACCCAUUAGCCACUCAUUAAGUCAAGUCAAGACUAUAAAUCUAUGGUCAAUUAGCACGCUUUAUCUAGAUUAAGGGGUUUUUUUAUGGUCUACCAUAUUUCCUAUCAAGAAGAGCGCUAGUCAAAUGGAAGGAUGCAGACUGGGGAUCAAGAGACCUGGGUUCCAGUCCUAACCGUGUUUUCUUAGAUCAAUUCCCUUCUCUGGGCCUCAGUUUCCCCUAAAGGAAAUUUUGGACCAAAUAAUAUCUAAUGUCCUUUUAAACUCCAAGUGCUUGAUUCUAUGACUAUUGAGUAUUUUCCAGCCAAGAUAAUUUGAACCAAUGCCUUGUAUCUUAAUUAAGCUAUCAAAUAAUUGCCCUUCAUCAUAGAAAUACAAGUACUCUUCAGUGAUGUGCUCAUUUUAUUACACUUUUAAAUCAUGAGUUCCAGUUGGUUUUAACAUACUGCACAUGCAUUUUAUACAUUAUGUAGGUAAGGAAUCAUAGUCUAAGAUUAUAUGCAAAUAGGUAUGUAGAGAGAAGAAGAUGCAUGAGAUUUUUUUUAAAAGACAUAUUGAAUGAGCCUCUAAUUUUUAGAAAAAAUGAUCUUUUACUGAGUCAAGCCAUGCUCAUUCCUUGCUGAGUCCAACAACUCCAAAACUCUUUUUUUUUAUAUCUGGCUAUUGAUUCUGCUUUGGUUUUUUCUCUCAUCGUGGAUUAUGAACCACCAUUACACAGUUGGUUUUUAUGAUCCUUAUGCUCUGAGUUAUAAAAAGUCAUAUUUUUAUAAACAAACAGCUAAAUAUUCAAGCUACAAAGCACAUGGAAACUGGUGGUGGCCAAUGGGUGAUUUAUGGAAGCUUACGACCCAAACUGCAAAAUGUUCUCUAGUCAGUUUUAACAAAUGGGUAUAAGGCACCCCAAGAUGAGCACAAGUCAUUACCAGCCACGUUAUUUAACAGACUUUCCAUUCUCCCAAGUGCCUAAGACCAAUCCUGGUCGGUGGUUAUGUACCAAAAACUUGCUUUCACUGGUUUGGUCCAAAGGGGGUCAAUCCCUUACCACCUGUAGAAGAUCAAGGAAUUCAACUCCUUGUCCUGUUGGGACCCAACCGAAUCAGACAAUCCCGUGAGUUAAUGAAAAACCAAGGCACCUGAGCUCCAGGGAGCAGUUUGGCUGUGGAGGAAAUCCGGCCAGCAGUUUCUUGAAGUCGCACACUGCUGCCCAUCACUUGCAGAAAAACUAGGCCCUGCCUGUAGUAACUUCCCUAUCUCCUUCGAGUAGACAGGAAAGAAACAGAUUUGUGCACAUCAUACAAAGUGCCUUUCUUUACUUUUAUUUUUUUUUAAGUUUUCUUUUUUUGCAGGAAAACUGUAUCAAUUGGAAGGUAAAUUUCACCUUUUUUAUGUAAAUGAAUAUAGAAGCCAGAAAGGGAGUGACAAAAUGGUCUAAGAUGCAGCUAGCAACAGUUCAGCGGACUUUUGAAUGUCUUGCUUAAUUGAAUUACCACAGAGCUGACGUGGAGAGUGUACUCACUUUGUCUGAUAAGAAAUCGGUUCUGGCUAGGAUUUGGGGAUAAGACUACCACCCCGCCCUUCAAGCCUCUCAAGUUAAAAACAUACCAACACACUUUUGAAUGUCUUUGAAUUGAAUGCCUGGGCCUGAAAAGGACAUUGCAUGCACAAGGGAACUUUGCACACACACAGGAAAAUGUCAAUGACUGAAUUAUCGUCCCCAGUGUUGCUAACGUAGAUUUGCCAUUGAUGAAAGCUUCAUGCGAACUUCAGGGGGAACAAAUUUCCUUUUCUACCUUUUCAGCUCAAGCACAAUAGUGUCAUUGCUAGGGUAGUGGUCUGGGCACUCAGUUUCCAGGUCUGGGCCACAUUGCUGCCACUAAACAGGUCGUGUGGCCCUCUGCAUGUCCUUUAAAUUCUAGCCACCAGUCUCCUCACCUGUUAAAUAAGUGGGUUGCCCUAAAAUGGCCGCUUCCAGCUCUAACUAUCUUUGAUUCUCAUGAUCUAGGUGGCAUCCAGGGUUUCAGGUCAAAGGCCUAGGUGCAGUCAGGAGAGCAUUGCUGACAUGCCUGUAACUGGAAGAAGUGACCAGUGUGGCUGUGACAAGGCUUAAGAGAAAAACAGAGAUCCAUUCCUCCAAGUCAGAUUGAUUUGAUUUAACAUCCUUGCCUCUCCCCUUCUUCUUAGCUGUCCAUACUUGUGGGCUUUUUACCCUCUCACUCCACUGCCUAUAUUUUUCUUAAGAGUUAAUUAUGUGCAGUAGCAACCAUAGGAUCUGCAAGAAACUAAAUUAUUCAUAAACAAUGACUUUGACCCGGCAAAGGACUGAGUCAAAUGUUAAAUCUGUCACACAGAUAUCAAGGCCCAGGUUGAAUGUCACAAGUUACCUUAUUUAGAGAUUUGCAUGCUUAGAGAUUCUAGCUCAAUUCAUUAAUUACUUAAUUAAUUCAAAAGUCAUUAAUAAAUCCAGGCUAUGUAGAUGACUUGGUCCUGGAGGUCUGAAGCAGAAAUGUAAAAAUACACAGUGAUUGCUUGAGAACUUAUGAUCUAACCAGAAGUUCUAUUUAUAAUUACGGCCUGCACUUAUUCCAGGAUUAGCAGAUACAUCAUCUACAAAUCAAAUCAAAGUUCGCUCCCUAAACUUGUGUUUUUCAGGAAGGUGAUUUUUGGUCUGAGACCAUCAUGGUGUCUAUUUCAAGGAAAGGAAAAAGAUAGAAAAUAGGACGUUUCCAGAGGUUUGGGCAUCUCAGGAUUCCACAAAAUGCCGAGAGUAGCCCGCUAAACCAAAAUUUCAUCAGACAUGGUGAAUUUAUUAUGCAUUCAGUUUAUGGCUAAGAGACGUACGUGAAUUACAGCAUCACGUGCCUGCACCGCUUUAUCCACAGCAAUUCCUUGAUUAUGCUCUGAUUGCAAGUCAGGAAGCAUUGAGACGGGUAAAAUGGAAAAACAUAUCCUGUUUUAUGUGGUUGUGGUCAACGACUAGAGAGACCCCUAGAUAAUCUUAGUCUAUUAGUUGACUUUUUACCUGCUGCUGAUUAAAAAGAAAAACGCAAUUAACUCUAAAAACUUUGGCUACUGAAAUAGUAAUAUCAAAAAUAACCUUUAAUAGUUAAGGUCAAAUUAUGCUUCACUUGGAUAAACUUCAAAAUACAAUCUGAGUUUUUCUAUGCAAAUUUCACAAAUCCUGGGCAAAAGAAAAUCUUUUCAUUAUGUUACCUGAGAUUGAAAAACUAUAUGGCAAAGAUAUUUCUGAAAAAAUGAUUUGUCUUAUAAAAUUCCCAAUAAAGUGAUUUUGAAUUUUCAAAAGAAACUACCUCCCCUUCUUGUCCUAAUGUCCUUCCUUCAAAGCUGCUUAUUGUUUAGAAACGAAAGAUGUCAUGUCUCAUUCUUUCACUGGUGUAUUUGACGUAUUUGCCAUGUGACACUCUGGACUUUACGUAACCGUUAUGUUAUUUUAUAUCACUUUAUGUAGUUCAAAACUGUGUGAUACAUUGAAAUAUAUAAUUCUCGUCAUGUAAUAUGAAUGAAAAUAAGUAUUUAAUGACUUACAAUCUAUCCAUAUGUAGUUUCAAUAUGAUAGUGUCUAUGUAAAACAAAACUGAAAAAAUAUGUAAUCAUGUACUUCUGUAAAGCGUGAAUGUACUAAUUUUUUCUUAAUCGUUUGUCUAGAAGUAGUAUAAUAUGCCAUUGUACAGCUGAUCUGGGGUGUGAAGUGUUUAAAGUACAAUCCAAAUUUGUGUAAAUGUCAACCCUUCAGCUUCACUUCAUGUGACCUCUGAAACUUCCAGAGUGUUAUUUGCUUCAAUAAGGCUUGCUUUUGCGCUUGAUCAUUCAUUUUAAACAAUUUAAGGGUCUCAUGGGGAAACCAAAGCAAUCUAGAACCAGCCUGUUGGGUGAUCUCUGUCUCCUGUUAAGCCAUAUUGAAUUGAAGAUGAUGUAAUAACAUGAGGUUUCAUAUUUUCAAAGCUACCACUACCUCUGAUUUUUCUCUUUCCCUAGAAAAUGCCAAGCAAAAUUCUUCAACAUUAAGUAGGAAAUUAGAAGUGAUUGUUACAAUAAAUUGUUGAAUGGCUUUGUGUGUGUGUGUGUGUGUGAGGAAGAUUGGCCCUGAGCUAAUAUCUGUGCCCAUCUUCCUCUAUUUUGUACGUGUGGGAAGCCACCACAGCAUGGCUUGAUGAGCAGUGUUUAGGUCCGCACCAGGAUCCGGGCCUGCAAACCCCAGGCCACCAAAGCGGAGCAUGCGGACCCAACCACUAAGACACUGUGCUGGCCCCUUGACUGGCUUUUUUAUAUAAGAACCCACCUUCUAAUUCACCACUUUGCAGGUUUAUGCUAGGUUUUCUCAAUAACCAUUUUUACAUUUUAUAAAAACUGAAUGACAAAUAAGGACCAGAAAUAAUACAUAGUACGUCAUCAGAUGCAAAGCCAACAAAAUCAUAGAGUGCAGAUUUUUUCCUAACAAUAAGUCACCUCAAGGUGGUUGUCCAAAGCCAUGAUAAUGAUAUCUCUCACAAUUUGAUUUCCCUAGCCCCCUAGAAAUAAAUCUUUUCCUUAUUUGAUUUUAGCCAUCAAAUAUAUUGUGAUAUGGGAAAAAUCAGCCAUAUAUCAGAAAUAAUCUUAUUUCAAUUUUAAAUUUCAUUUUUAUGUAUACUUAUUGUAAUGCCUAUUUUUUUUUCUUUUUAAGCCUUAAAGAAUUAUAGAAGACUAUAGUCAUCUGAUUUAUCUCGCGUUCUUAAUUCUGUAAAUCUUUGGUUAUUGCACAUUGUGCUUUCUGGUUUUCAUGGAUUUAUUCAUUUGUCUCUUUCCAUUUUGAGGAGACAACAUGGACAGUUCAAUCUUUGUCAGUAGUAUGGGAAAUUAUGCUAACUGCAUUAUAACAUCUUCAUUUUUACUGCACGCCAAAAACAAUGCUUGCCAAACAAAAUCUUAUACAUCCUAGUAAAAUAUGGUCACUAUAUUUCUAUUCAUGUUAUUGAAAAUAUCCAGCUCAGUGCCUGGCUCAAUAAAUGUGUUUUUCCCUUGCCUA